AUGACCGACAUCGGUCUCCCCACGACGUCCGCGCGCGCGCUCACGCGCGUCGAACGCGUCGGCGCGCACUCGCACGUGCGCGGCCUCGGAUUGGAUGACGCGCUCGAUGCGAAGAAAUCGUCCCAAGGCUUGGUUGGACAGGUGAAAGCGCGCAAAGCCGCGGGCGUGAUCGCGAAUAUGAUACGCGACGGCACGAUCGCCGGGCGCGGGGUGCUGAUCGCGGGCGCGCCGGGGACGGGGAAGACGGCGAUCGCGCACGGAAUGGCGAAGACGCUCGGCGAGGAGACGCCGUUCGCGUCCAUGGCGGCGAGCGAGAUAUUCUCGAUGGAGAUGUCCAAGACGGAGGCUCUGACGCAGGCGUUCCGCAAGGCGAUCGGGGUGAGGAUAAAGGAAGAGACUGAGAUCAUCGAGGGAGAGGUGGUGGAGAUUGAAAUCGAUAAACCGGUGGGAGCGCUCGCGAGCGCGCGCGCCAAGACGGGCAAGUUGACCAUGAAGACGAGCGAUAUGGAGACAGUGUACGAUUUGGGAACGAAGAUGAUCGAUGCCAUCAGUAAGGCAAAGGUGAACGCCGGGGAUGUGAUCAACAUCGAUAAGGCGAGCGGAAGAAUUACGAAAAUUGGGCGGUCGUUUUCGCGGUCGAGAGACUACGACGCCAUGGGGGCGACGACCAAGUUUGUGGCGUGCCCGGAAGGGGAGCUUCAAAAGCGUAAAGAGGUGGUGCACACGGUGUCGCUGCACGAAAUCGAUGUCAUCAACUCCCGCACGCAAGGUUUCCUCGCCCUUUUCGCCGGAGACACGGGGGAAAUCCGAGCAGAGAUUCGCGAGCAAAUCGACAAUAAAGUUUCCGAGUGGAAGGAGGAGGGCAAGGCUGACAUCAUCCCGGGCGUGCUUUUCAUCGACGAAGUGCACAUGCUCGAUAUCGAGUGCUUUUCUUUCUUGAACCGCGCGUUGGAGAACGAGCUGGCGCCCAUUUUAGUCGUCGCCACCAACCGCGGCAUCACGAAGAUUCGAGGCACCGAGUUCCGCUCGCCUCACGGUAUCCCGAUCGAUCUUCUCGAUCGUUUGUUGAUCAUCCACACCCAAGCUUACGACGAGCGCGAGAUGAAGGCAAUUUUGGAAAUCCGCUGCGAAGAGGAAGACGUCGAUCUCGCCGACGACGCCAAGGAUUUGUUGUGCAAAAUCGCGUGCGAAACCAGUUUGCGUUACGCCAUUCAACUCAUCUCUGCCGCCUCGCUUCGCGCGAGCAAGCGCAAAUCCGCCAAGGUGGACGUCGAUGACGUGAGCAAGGUGUACGGGAUGUUCUUAGACGUCAAGCGUUCGACGCAGUUCAUGCUCGAUUAUCACCAAGACUACAUGUUCAACGAAACCGACACCGCCAUGGAGGCGUGA